CGCCAUCGAACCAUCCAAACCCGUUUCAUUUCUGCUGCCUUCAAGAGCGUUUGGUAUUAUUCGGGUCGGGUAUUUGACUUAUGGAUGCCGGAGGGAAGGUGAAGAAGGGAGCCGGAGGAAGGAAAGGUGGAGGUCCCAAGAGCAAGCCAGUUUCUCGGUCGGUGAAGGCCGGUCUUCAGUUUCCGGUGGGAAGAAUUGGGCGUUACUUGAAAAAGGGGAGGUACUCUGAGCGAGUCGGUUCCGGUGCUCCGGUGUAUUUGGCCGCUGUCCUCGAGUACUUAGCCGCUGAAGUGUUGGAGUUGGCAGGAAAUGCUGCCCGUGACAACAAGAAGAACAGAAUUAUCCCAAGGCAUGUUCUACUGGCUGUGAGGAAUGAUGAGGAGCUCGGGAAGCUUCUUUCUGGUGUCACCAUUGCUCAUGGAGGUGUUCUUCCCAACAUCAACCCUGUUCUCUUACCCAAGAAGUCGGACAAGGCCUCCAAAGAGCCCAAGUCACCAUCCAAAGCUACCAAGUCUCCCAAGAAGGCCUAAUUUAUGACAGCCAUUGUAGCUUGUUAGUCUUUUAAGAUGUAUGUAUUUGGGUUUAGGAUUUGAAUGCCAUUGUUCUCUUUAAUUGUAGGAAUUAAAUGUGAUCUUACUGGAAUACUAUUUGAACUUCGGGAUCUCUGUUGGGGAUUUCUGUGGAAGGUAAAAUCAGUGAAACUGCUUGUUUCUUGUUUACUGUAGUCUCAUUUGAAGGGUCUAUUUCUACAAUAUUGUGAUA